AUGGCGAAUAUUCAGAGCUCAAACGGUGAUUGGUUUAAGGUGACUUCUGUGAUUCUGAAUCUAUUUCUUCUAUUUUUUUCAUUUGUGGGAGCCAACUGGAAGCUUAGCUGGAGUGAGAAAGCAGCAGCAGAAGCUGAAGCUGUGGCUUCAGUCUCAUGCUCAGGCCAUGGAAGAGUCUACUUGGAUAGUCUUCUUCUUGACGGAAAUCCAAUUUGUGAGUGCAACACCUGCUUUUCUGGCCCUGAUUGCUCACAAUUCAUAGCUGGGUGUGAUGCAAAUGUAAAUAGUGGAGAUCCACUGUUUUUGGAGCCUUUCUGGAUGCAGCAUGCUGCUAGCAGUGCACUUCUUGUGGCAGGUUGGCACAGGAUGAGCUAUUCAUUCAGUGAUGGCUCUUAUAUGUCACAACAGCUCGAGAAACGCAUCCGCAAAGUACAUGAAAUCGUCGGGAACGCCAACACAACCGGAAGAUUCAUUGUUUUUGGUUCAGGCUCAAUUCUGCUGCUAAAUGCUGCAGUUUAUGCUCUUUCCCUUGAUAACUCCUCCUCCCCUGCAGGGGUCGUAGCCUCAAUUCCUUAUUAUCCGGCUUAUAAAGAGCAGACCAAUUUCUUCCGAUCCUUGGACUAUAGAUUUAUUGGAGAUACAUCUAUGUGGGAGAACACUUCGGAUGUCAAAACCAAUGUCAUUGAGUUUGUAACUUCACCCAACAAUCCUGAUGCUCAGUUGAAAAAAGCAGUUCUGCAAGGCCCAUUUGUCAAAACAAUUUAUGAUCAUGCCUACUAUUGGCCUCAUUUUACUGCAAUUCCAGCUCCAGCAGAUGAAGAUCUCAUGAUAUUUACACUUUCUAAGCUUACUGGCCAUGCUGGCUCUAGAUUUGGAUGGGCAUUGAUAAAGAAUGAGACUGUGUAUCAGAGAAUGUUGCAAUAUACUAGGGAAAACAGCUUUGGUGUUUCUCGUGACACUCAAUUAAGAGCUUUGAAGCUACUAGAAGUGGUUCUUGAAGGUGAAGGAAAAGAAAUAUUUGAUUUUGGAUACAAGACAAUGAAGGACCGCUGGGAGAAAUUGAGUAAGAUUUUGUCGGUUUCAAAACGAUUUUCUAUCCAACAAAUUGCUCCUCGAUACUGUACUUACUUCCAACAAGUCAGAGGACCUUCUCCAGCUUAUGCUUGGUUCAAAUGCGAGAGGGAAGAAAAUAAAGACUGUUAUGCAGUCCUAAGUGCAGCCGGUAUCACGGGGCGCGAUGGUAACUUAUUUGGCGCUGGAAGUGGAUACGUGCGUCUCAGCCUCAUCAGGACUCAAGAUGACUUUGAUUUAAUGUUGCAGAAAAUGGAAACAUUAGUCUCUGGGGAAGAUGGCAUCGAAACGAUGAGGAGAAGGCAAUCGACAUUUCGUCAAUUCUAAUCAGAUCACACAGAACUCCAACAUCAGAAUGAG